GGCUCUGCGAGGGGCAGGCGCAGAGUGUGUGUGCUUCAAGCUUGGAUCUGUUCUUCAAGAGUGAGCGUCUCCCUCUCUCACUCUCCACAAGUCGUUAAAGUCUGAAAGCGGAGGAGGGAGAGACGGCAGAGAGACCAGGGGAGGUCUGACGACACCAUCCCAGCUUUUUUUUUUCCCCCGGCACCUUAUUUUGAAUGCACGGAUUGAUGAGUGCGAGCGCACAGUCUGCAUCUGGCCUGUGGUCUCCUGGAGGAACACCAAGAAUUUAAAAACCAAGGCUGUCACCCUGCAAGAGAUGUGUGCAACGCUUCCUGCCAGGACAAGAACUUGAAGGAUCCUUCAAAAAAAAAACGGAGCGCGUGUAUCUGUCCAUGGUGGGAGUAGGAUUCAAUGCAGGAGGCCCAGUGUAAGAAUGGAUGACGCAUGCUCCAGGCUAACGGUGUCUGAUCCAGCUUUAAAGCAAAGAAGGAACACCUAAGGAGACAAGAAGAACUUACCAGACUUCACCUGCAACUUUCCCCCAAAGCUGAUAUGAUGCUUUGGUGCAACCAGUUGCUCUCUUUAGCAGCACUUCUUGUGAUUGUGAGCUGCGGAGGAGGGGAGCAGAGGAGAGGGACGGAUAGCAGCAGCAGCAGCAGCAGCAGCAGCAGCACAGGUGGCGGCAGUAGCAGUAGUAGUAGUAGUGGAGGGAGUAGCAGCAGCAGUAAUAAUUACAGCAGCAGCAGACGCUUUCAUAAGAUCCAGCAUGGCCAGUGCACCUACACCUUCAUCCUGCCUGAGGGGGACGGAGGCCGAGGGGGAUCCUGCAGGGAGGCCAAAGCUGGGAACCCGCAGCAGCAGCAGCAGCAGAACGCCAACUCCCUCCAGAGGGACGCCCCGCCACCUGAGCCGGACUUCCCCAGCCAGAAGAUCCAGCAACUGGAGCACAUUAUGGAGAACUAUACCCAGUGGUUGCAGAAGAUUGAGAACUACAUCAAGGAAAGCAUGAAGACUGAGAUGGCUCAACUGCAGCAGAGUGCAGUCCACAACCACACAGCCGCCAUGUUGGAAAUGGGCACCAACCUUCUGUCUCAGACCGCUGCACAGACACGAAAGCUAACUGACGUUGAGACACAGGUUCUGAAUCAGACAUCCAGGCUGGAGAUCCAGCUGCUGGAAAACUCUCUUUCCACUAACAAGCUGGAGAAGGACUUAAUGGUCCAGACCAAUGAGAUCAGCAAGCUGCAUGACAAGAACAGCCUUAUGGAGCAGAAGAUGUUAGAAAUGGAGAUGCGACACCGUGAAGAGCUGGAGACGCUAAAGCAGGAGAAGGGGAGUCUGCAGACUCUGGUGGGAAGCCAGAGCGGGGUCAUCAGGGAGCUGGAGGCUCAGCUGAGCCGGGCCACGGGAAACAGCACGGCCCUGCAGAGGCAGCAGCAGGAGAUGAUGGAUACCGUCCAUAAUCUGCUUAACCUCUGCUCGAAGGAUGGAGUUGUGCCCAACAGUACAAAGGUUGCAGAUGAAGAGAAGAAAUUCCGUGACUGUGCGGACCUCUACCAGGCUGGCAUUCAUAAGAACGGAGUCUACACCAUCCAGAUUAACCCACAGGAGACCAGAAAGGUGUAUUGCAACAUGGAAACAGCCGGGGGAGGAUGGACGGUCAUCCAGCGCAGAGAAGACGGCAGCGUGGACUUCCAGAAAACGUGGAAGGAGUAUAAAAUGGGUUUUGGGAGCGUUUCUGCAGAGCACUGGUUGGGAAACGAGUAUGUUUACCAGUUGACCAGCAAUAGGCAGUACGCCCUCCGCGUGGUGCUGACAGACUGGGACGGACACCAGGCCUUCUCACUCUACGACCGCUUCCAGAUUGGCAGUGAGAAACAGAACUACAGACUGUUUCUGAAAAGCCACAGUGGGACCGCAGGCAGACAGAGCAGUCUGGUAAUCCACGGAGCAGACUUCAGCACCAAGGACAUGGACAACGACAACUGCAUGUGCAAGUGUGCCCUCAUGCUAACUGGUGGUUGGUGGUUUGAUGCCUGCGGCCCGUCCAACCUUAACGGCAUGUACUUCACUCAAGGACAACACGUGGGGAAGUUGAACGGUAUCAAGUGGCACUACUUCAAGGGUCCCAGCUACUCGCUACGAGCCACCGUCAUGAUGAUCCGCCCCUUGGACUUCUCCUAGUCCUUCUGAACUUGUGAACUUUCAGCAUCUGAACGGCUGUGUGUGUGCAGCACAUUAAGGGGGGGAGGGGGGGGGGGGGGGGGGGGGGGGCGCUUCCCAUUUCAUCCUCAUGUCUCAUCUCAAUUCGCUGGCCAUUGGAAGUCGUCCGCAUAUAAAUCAUUUCCUGGAACUGCGCUGAUGCUGCUGCUGCUGCUGCUGCUGCUGCUGCAUUACAACCUUUCCCCUCAAUAGACUGAAAAACACUCAUGAAGGAGGGGGCAGAGCAAAGACAUUAUCCAACAUGAACUGAUAUCUGUUCCCAAGCAGAUUCACAAACUUGACCUUGUGCGUGAGGAUGAAUGUGUUCAGGUGCAGAAUUUUAAGCUCGCUGUGAGGCCGCCUUGAGUGAAAAUGUAAACACAUUAACAUCUUCUUCACCUCUUUCAUCGGGGGCCUUCUUUGGGGGGGAAAAAAAAGGAGAACUUGUAAUCUCUUGUAUGGAAAAGCAGCACUGACUCUGAAACUGCAGGACAGAACUUUUUUUCUGGAAGGACACGGAAGAGAUCAAAUGCAUUUUUUUUUGUAUUGAUAUGUUGCCAACAGAGCACAGCCCAUUAAUAUUCUGAAUGUAUUAUAUAUUGUUUUUUUAGCAUCAUAUGUGUUAUCCCAGUUGUAUAUCCAAAAGUGAAUAGAUUGUCUUUUGUACUGUACAGCGUGUACUUAUUUCUGUCUGCGUUCUGUUUUGAAGGUGACCUUGUAAUUGAAGUGAUUUGUAAUAGUUGACGGGUCACUCGCAGUAUUACACACUAGCCUUCCUGACAGUGUGUGUGAUUAUUUUUAGAGUUCAAGACGUGAGGUUGUUUAUUGGAUUAGUUUCUGGACUGAAGUCUUUCUUUUUUGUCUUUCCUAUUGGCUGACAAGCAGCUACUACCUGCCAAGGUUCAGAUUGUGAGUGAUCACCUUACAUCUGCUAAAUAUGAAAAACAAGAAUAUUAAAUCAGAUGAAAUUAGAACUUAAUUCUUAAAUGUUGCAGCUGUGUACAAGUGGGGGGAAUAGUAUUAACGUGCAACGAGUAAUGCUUAUUUUCAAAUAUUCCCAGAAAUGAUCGGUUUAUUAUUGUGUGUUAUGAUAAAGUACACGAUCAUGAUGCAUAUUCAGAAAAAUGUUAAUGCUCGAAUAAAGCUGGUGUCCCAAAUGUACAAAAGUACGGUGGUCUACAAGGGAAAAAAUUCUGCAAUUGCCAAAAAUGAUUAUUUUUUUUUUUAUUUUUUUUUUAGAAGGAACCGGCUGCAAGACAGGAACAAUAAUUAAAAAUCACAUGCAAAAGUCCAAAACCAGCGCCCCCUACAGGCCCUGUUUCAGAGAGCAGGCUCAGAAAAGCCUGAGUUGGAGUUGAUUGAGGCUGAGCUGGAAAACAGAGCAGCUGAUUUGCGUUUGGUCAAUUAACUGAGUAUGUUCACUCGGGGUUCAGCACGUGCAACACGACUAUAAAAAGCCAACAUUCAAGGAGCCCAGAUACUAAACUUCGCCAUGGCAACAGGUGACAAAAAGAGGUCUACGUACUUUAUCCUUCUGGAAUUAGAAACCUUCAUGCUGACGUUCAGCGAGUAUGAACAUGCAGCGGCCAUGGAGGGAGAAGUGGCUGCUGAUGGAGUCCGUCUGUAAGUUUGAAUGUAAUCUAUUCAUUUAAUAUUAAGUCACACUUAUAGGCUAAUAUCACAGGUGGGAAAAAAAGUAUAUUUACAAUCCAACGGGAGAUAAACUGACAUGGAAGCAUCUGAAAAUUAAUUUUAAAAAUAUAGUUCAAACAAAAGGGUUAGGCAUAAAAGGCUCUUGUUGGAUCUUACAUCACAGACGAUUUGACAUUUAAAUUAGCAUUAGCUUCAUCUCCAACACGAAGCUGGUUUCACACACAUACAUGUCCUCUCACUUUUACCCGAUUAAGAUAAUUCAAAGUAACUCUGCAGAGUAUAAACUAUAGAUGCUCCUCGACUAAAGGACAUGCUUGGACAGAAUAGUAGCCUACCUGUUAUUCAGCAUGCAUCACAGAUAAUAUUAAAACAAUCUGAAUUUCUAAUCAGACAAAACGGUGAAUCUUCACCAACAUGCACAUGAUGCGUACUGAAUGAACCAAUGAGAAAAUGAAUCUGCAAUUCCGGCUCUGAAAGAGGAGACGGAGAGAAACUCUAAAGGUUCACUGAAGAAAACCUGCUCCCGACAAGAUUAGACUCACAGACUCUGUUGCCAUAGUAACAGACUCAGAGCUAAAGUUACCUCUCUUCCUGGACGGGCUUGGUUAGCCCUCUUUCUCGGGGUUGAGUGGGCUCCCUUUCUUAGGGCCCUGGAGCACUUUAAUAGUGUUGUCUGGAUGUGCAGUGUUUUUCAUUUUGUGUUUUCUUCGUUUAGUUUUUUACAUUUUCAAGGAUUUAAUUGUUUUAGCAUUUCGCAUCACCUUAUUUGUUGGUGUUCCACAUUUCUGCCGUUGUUUUGGACUUCUGUAUGCGUUUUUUAAAAUUGGCAUUGUUUCUGAAAGCAGCUCUUCUCUCCUGGAAAUCUGUGUAACUGUUGCUGUAUGUUUGCCCUCGUGGGCCACCGUACUUACCUUUAAAAACAAUGUGGCGUUACUAAAGUCUACCUGUAAAGGACUUAUAUAUAAAACUGCCUUCUCCCGGUUUCAUCAUGACCUCUCACCUUUCUCACAAAGAGCAGAUCCUCCACAAAAAAAUGACAUCCAAACUAUUUUUCUCAGACGUAGAAACGACACAGCUUUAACAUCCAGCCCGUUUCUGUUUCCCAUCAACGAAGCCUUAAGAGGAAAAAAAAGAAGCUGGGAUUUGAUAUGAAGCAUGAAAUUAAUGAUUCCUCCAAGUGAUCCGUGUGAACACGUAUUUCAUAACUUCCAGCUUACAACAACACACAGUAUUUACUGAAGGUACAUGUGGCAGGAAGAUAAAGUGUAUCUGGAACUUGUAAAACUACAAUUGACAUGUUUAUUAGCAUAGUUUACAUUGUAUAAUUUAAAGUGUGUGUAUGUGAAGUAGCCUUCCUGAGGAAAAAGCUCUUCUUCUUUUCUUUUUCUUUUCCCGCUCUUUGACUCUGCCAGGAGUUCAGUGGUGUUUUGAAGUUGAGCAUAAAAACAUGGAAGUUAAGAUAAUAACCCUGGAGAAAUGUGCCUUUGAUAACUCUGCCUUUACCUCAUUAAAUUCCAGAUUUGCAGAUUUAUUUAAACAUUUUUUUUUGUAACAUGUGGUCAGUGUUGUGUUGCUAGAUUAAAUAAAGGCGCAUGUGAUGCACUAAUGUUUACAA